AUGCUUUUUAUUGCCUCGAUUAUCCCCCGGGAAAGUGACGGGACCCAGUAUAAAUACAAACCGUCUUUUGCUACCCAAACCAAUUAUCAAGAAUUAGGUCGCAGAAUAUCCGAAGAAAUUAAUAACCUCUUAUCUUCUCUGAAUUCCCAAUUUUCCAGUCUUUUCCAAGUUCAAGACUUAAAUGCUUUAAUGGAAACUUUUUUAAGUAAAUUCUUCCAAGGUUAUGUUUACAGUGAAAUUCAGAAUGAUUUAGGCAAGCAAUUAACUAUUAAUAACCAUGAGAAAUACCGACCUCAGAAAACUGGUAAUUCAACCGAGAAUUAUAACUGGAAAAUCCUUUUGUAUGAGUUUGCCUUUAAGGGUGGUUCGGUUCCUAAUCCGGAAACUCCUCCGCAAAAUCCUGAUGCUCCUGUUAAUCCUCCUUCUAGUAAUCCCCAAAUUAAGCAACUUCAAGACCAAGCCGAAGAAAUUAGGCAAUUAUUGAAGUCUUGUGAAGAAAUAAUUAAGUCGGUUGAAAAAGUUAAAAAAAAGAAAGAGGAAGAAAUAGCUCAAUUAGAAGAAAAAAAGAAAAAUUUAGACCAAAACGAUAGGGAAUAUAAUAUCAAGUCAAUGGAUAUAGAAAUUCAAAGACUAAAAAUUGAAACUGCGAUUACAGAAGCAGAAACUAGUAGAAAUAAAAUAAAAGAAAAAAAGAAGACAGUGAAUUGGUUUGAAACUUGGCUAGCCGACUGCCUAAAAAAAGGGAAAGAAAAGUGA